AUGAAGUUCCCAUCAGGUCUCCUGUUUGCAACCGUAGCCUCGGGCGCCGCCAUCAAUAGACGUGCUGUCAUCAACCAUGAUGCUGUUGCCGCUUUCUCUGAGACCGUUCCUUCUGGUACCGUCGGCAACCUGUACUUGAAGUACAAGCCAUACCUCCGUCGCGAAAGCGGCUGCGUUCCAUACCCAGCAGUAGAUGCAGAUGGCAACACCAGCGGCGGCCUAAACCCAAGCGGGUCCUCAACCGGCGACUGUCUCGACAGCGGCGGACAAGUCUACGCCCGCGCGACAACCCACAACGGCGCAUACGCAAUCAUGUACUCCUGGUUCUGGCCUAAAGACUCUCCCUCCACGGGUCUAGGGCACAGAUUCGACUGGGAGAGCGUCGUGGUUUGGCUGUCUGAUGAGAGCACUUCCGCCACUUUGCAAGGUGUCGCUGCGAGCGCACAUGGAGACUAUGAUACUACUACUUCGCCGAACCUGAGUGGUACGAGGCCUUUGAUUAGGUACUAUAACAUCUUCCCGGUCAACCAUCAGUUGGGUUUUACGAGUACUGUGGGCGCUAGCCAGCCGCUUAUUGCAUGGGAGAGUUUGCCGAGUGCGGCGCGGGCUGCGUUGGAGGAUACGGUCUUUGGUGAUGCGAAUGUGCCAUUCAAGGACGCCAACUUCCAGACGAACCUGGGCAAGGCAGCUCUGUAG